AUGGCCUUACCACUUGGUUUAUUCCUCGGUGGCUGCGUCAUCGCAAUCCCGGUCGUGACGGGUAUCGCAGAAGGUGUGGAAUACCAGAAGAAACAAAACGAAGAGGCUGCGAACGAGACGCGCAUGAUCAAGUUCAACAUACUCGUAAACUGCGACUCCAAGGAUCCUAUCGCUGAAGAGGAAGUCGACCAUGGCACUGUAAUAUUGCGUCACGACAAAGCGUGGGUGGUGCCGUGCGAUGACGAAGGCAAACCCCUACCGCCAGACGACAGCAAAAUAUUCAAUCCGCCGAUGCAUGCUUUCGCAGGGUUCUAUAUUCAGUAUCCAGAUGAAGAUCGAUGUCCUCCAGAACGAGGACUGGUCAGUACCAUCGCUGAUGACCCGCCCAUGCUGAAUUGGGUGUACUGCGACAAGGACACAUAUGAAGUAAAGUACAACAACCGCAGUGGUUCCAUCGAGCACAUCGUCGGCGAAUGGGACUGGACACAGGACGAAACUCACCUGCUGUUUCAGAAGUGGGAGCCUUUCUUUGCGGUCGAUGAGUGGGAUGGGGCUGACGAAGACGAAUCGACACCUUGGGGAAGAGAAGGCUUACGCUGGGCCUUGUACAUUGAUCUCGAAGACAACGGUCUCAGAGGUCGAAGAAAGGGGCGAGACAUGUUCGAAGUCGCGCUCGAACGGAAGAUUCAAAGCGCGGAAGAUCAGCUGAAGCAGCUGGAAGAGGCGGAGAAGAAGAUGCAGGUAAAGAGCCGAGGUGGUCUGAGCACGCAGUUCUCCGCGCCGGCGCGGGAGCGGACUAAAGAGUGGGAGAAGAAAUUUGGAGAAGGCGCACGACGACCAAGCAACGAAUGA